AUUACAGAUAAUUGAAGUGUUCUUAUCAUAUAGGUAUAGAUACAGCGUAUCAUCGGUGAUGUCGUAGUCGUGGUUUUUAAUCUGUUGUAUUGUCUUCAGUUUUCACAUACCUGGUUAUGCUUUUGUGAACUACUAAAAUAAGAAAUUAUCAAAAAUCAUAUAUAGCCUCCGUUGCACGAGAUUUUUUUUACUGAUUUUCAAAAAAAAAGUCGAGUGUUAAGUAAAGAUCGGUAUCCAAAAGCUCGUGGUUGUUCUUCGAGUAAUAGCUACGUCCGAUAUUUCCUGAAAGCGCUGUCAGUAAUCUUGUGUCUCUAUCACACUACUGGACUUUCUUCAAGCUUCGUCCCUCUCUCUCUAGAUUUCAGCGCUUCUAGUACAUUAGAACACAGCCAAUGGCAGCUGCUGCUAUGUGCAAAGUAAAACAUCGCAGUCCAGGUUACAUGAGGUUACAUAAUAAGGCGGUAUACAUAUGUGUGCCUUAGCGCAGAUAAUUACAGAUUCUGUUGGAUGCCGUUGCUAGUCAUUUUAAGAAGAGAGUAGAAUGCACGUACGCUAAACAGCGCGUGCCCAAUCAACAGAUAUCCACAUACUUAGCUACCUGAUCACAAGAUCCAGAGACCGCAAGUUUUCACAAUGAGGGACACCGGGAUGGUGAUGUAAACUAAAGUGUAAACGAAGUGGUGAUAAAUGUGCUAUGCAAAUUUGACAAACAAUCUUAAUCGUUGUCAAUUGCCAUUAUCCACUAUUCCACAAUCAGACGAAACGCUAGUCGAUGAUGUUAUUAUGUUUUUGUAGGAGGGGCUAUGAUAUUUUCACUAAGAACUACCAUAGAGUAUUGUAUACACUGUUUUUCUUUUCUGGGUAUUUUUACUUUUCUUUUUGAUAACAGAUAAUUAAAAAUGGGCACUCUUGAUUAUAGAAACGAUAAUUUCCUGUUUUGAUAUUGUCCACAAAGAUGGAUGUUCCUCAUCAAUUGGUGAUGUCACAAGAGGGUCCUGGUAGAUCCUGUUGGCGUAAUAGACCUACGAAGUUUGAGUGUCAGAUAUCGUCUCCUUCUAUAGAAUAUGAAUUACCGUAUGGUAUGACACCAUUAGAAUCUCAGGUUGGAGGUCAUGCUUUCAGUGAGAGUAGUGGAACCAUUGGAAUGCUGAAAAGCAGGGAUGGCCUGAUUUAUAAACCUAUUGAAAAACCUCUCCUAGGUGAACGCGAAAUUACCUUUUAUGAAAGGCUUCAAGAGAGUACGGAUUCCUCAAUACACGAACUUCGUGAAUAUACACCUCAAUAUUAUGGGACUAAAGAAUUGAAGCUAGGUAACAAAUCUGUGAAAUUCCUCAUACUAGAGGACUUGACCGCAGGAAUGUCUGAGCCUUGUGUAAUGGAUGUGAAAAUUGGCAAGCAAACCUGGGACCCACUUGCUGGUCCAGCCAAGAGAGCUGGUGAGGAGAAGAAAUAUGCUAAAUGCAAAGAAAAUUAUGGAUUCUGUAUACCUGGGUUUCAGGUUUACAGACUUUCUACUGGCUUUAUUAAAAAGUAUAGUAAAGAUUAUGGCAAGAAGCUUGAUAAGGAAAUGGUUGUAGAAGCAAUGGAGUUAUUUCUCAAUGCUAAUCCAGGUCAACCACCUUGCCGCAAAUUGAUUGUGCAGUUACUAUCUACCCUGUGGAAAAUUCUAGCAUUUUUCCGCUUGCAAACUAAAUUGAGGUUUUAUGCGAGCUCUGUAUUACUUGCGUACGAUGCUAAACGCUUACGACAAUAUUCUAGUCGAACUAUACAGAAACCAUCUAUCAACAUCGGUUUGCUGGGAUUAAAUAAUAAUUUGAAAAUAUCUUCAAUAGCAAGAUCAUCAUCUUUAAAAUUGAAUGUACAACCAUCGGGUUCUUCAGGUGAUGAGGGUUUUUCUGGUCAAUUGACCGAAAGUGGACCUAUUUUUCAAAAAACAAUCAAUAACCAUUCCCCAAUAGCCACACCUGCAAUAUCACCUAUCUUCAUGAGACGCAACAACACCAAAUUGAUUAAGCGGUCUCAAAGUCUGAAGAGAAACGACAGUCUAAGAAGAUCUGAAUCAUUUCAUCCACCACCUAGUCCGAAUUUUUCCGGGGAGUCCAGCCUUAUCAGGAAUAACUCAUGUGGUAAAGGUAUGAAUAUUGUUAUUGAGAAGUUAUGUCGUACCCAUUCAUAUACAAAUAAUUUCGACAAGGACAUUAUCAAAAUUAAAGAGGACUACGCCAUUUUAUUAGACGAAUUGACAAUGACUCCUGAAGAGAAGCAAAAUUGGGUGCGAGUAAAUAUGAUCGAUUUUGCCCAUGUUUUUCCUGCUGACAGCGACACUUUGGAUUUGAAUUAUUUAGAAGGUAUAAAGAAUUUGAUUGUAUUGUUGGAAGGCUUCUUAAGUCCUGAAUGAAGCUGUCACACAAAAUUAAUUCGACUGUUUCGGUGUGAUGCUCUCGGGAAAUUUAAAUUGGUAUCGAUUAUUGGUAUCAUAAUCAUAUAUUUUACAUCGUUUUUGUAAGGUACAUUAUCACUAUGCUUUUUACGCAACCUGCGCGAUCUGAUACUUAUAAAUAGCCUUCACUCGUAUACCUAUACACUGCCGUCCUAAAGUUCUGUUCACAGUUGUUAAUUUUUCUCGGCUUGAUAAUGUUUAUGUUAAAUUUCAAGUCUAGCAAAGUUUCUCAAAAGAGUUUCCAGAGGUACGGUAUAACCUUUACUGUUGGGAUAUUUGAACAAUUUUCUGAUGUACGGACUUAUCCUCGAAUUGUAAGCAAAAUAAAAAAAAUAUUAAAAUCA